AGAUGGCUGAGGGAGAAAGGGGAAACCUCGAAGGAUUGUGCGUGACUUCGGGAGCCUCUUGGGAGGCCGUUUGGAUUCUUUUUUCUUCUUGGUCCCCACCCCGGAAUUCGUGGUCUUAGUUUUACUAUCCGAGAAGAAGGCGUGGAGCCGUCCCCCCGGCCCACACUCCGCGGUGAUGGGGCAAUUCCAGGGCGAGCAGCUUUGGUUUGCCCAACAAAGGUAUUGAACUAGCUUCUGGUCGUCGUGGCUCCCAUGUGGCCCCGUUCCUGCCCUCUGAAGCAGCAGAGCCCACAUACCAGAUGUUACAGAACCUCCCUACCUUUGCUGCUCAUCUCUGCAAAUAGAUGACUAGAAUGGUCAACUCCAGGAGACUUCCUAGAUCAGGCUGGAAGAUGACCCUACUCUGGCUCUCUCAUGUCAGCGGCCACCUCUCAUCCACUGAAGAUAUUUGCUCAUCCUUUGCCCUCAUGACCUCUGCACUUGGUCCCAACACGGCUACUUUCCUAGUUGCCUGGCGAAGCCAUCUGCUCUCCUGUCUCCUGCCACUGAGAUUUCUCUGGCAUCAGCCGGCCCAGUUCACUGUAUCCUUGAAGCUCCAGAGGACAUGUGUUGAGCUUUGUGAGUGUCUUACAGACGCCUCUUUCCCCAAGCUUGAGGAGUGCAAGCCGCGCCCCCAAAGCCGGGUCUUUCUGUCCGAUAUAUGCUGUAUCCCGCCCCUACCAACAUGCCCAGGCGCCAGAGGAGCGCUGUGACUUAUUGGAAGAGAUGGACAUUACAGUAUUCAAUCCCAGCUCCGUCUGCGCCCGGAAAGAUGUGCGCCUUACUCCCCGGCGGCCUCUGAGGGGCCGCGCGCGGGGGCCUCUGGGAAGUGUAGUCCGCGCGCUCGCCGGACCCCUGGGUUGCUGGAGCGAGACUCCGCGUGCGCAGGCGCACUUCCGGCUCUGCCCAGUCGCUGCGGCCAUUGUCCAGCCCCGGGGCGGCUAAGGAGGCUUAGGGCCUCACCUCCGCACAGCAGAAUUGGAGAGGACUGAGCCGGAGGCGGGGGCGAGAGGAGCCGGCCCAAACCUUGGGUGGGGCUGAGAUCGCAAAACCCGGAAACUCCAGGAGGCAGUGAUUUUGAGUGUGCGGUCUCUGUCUGGGAGCCGGGCCCGGCGAGGCAGGAAUGGCCCCGAGGCCGCCGACGGAGGCGCCCCAGGAAUCAGUGACAUUCAAGGAUGUGGCUGUGGACUUCACCCAGGAAGAAUGGCACCACAUGGCCCCUGCUCAGAGGCGCUUGUACAGGGAUGUGAUGCUGGAGAACUACAGCAACCUGGUUUCUCUUGGAUAUCAAGUUUCCAAGCCAGAGGUGAUCUUCAAAUUGGAGCAAGGAGAAGAGCCAUGGCUAUCAGAGGGAGAAAUCCAAAGAUCUGUCUGUCCAGACUGGAAGACCAGGCCUGUGGCCAAAUCAUCAAAUCUACAGCAGAGCAUAUCUGAAGUAUCCCUUCACACAGAUGAUCUCUCAUGUGCUACAUUAGAAGAUGUGAGUAAUCAGUUAGAGAGGCACCAGGAAAACUGGAAGAGGUAUCUGGGGCCAGAUGUAUCCACCCAGAAGAAAAUAAUCACACCAGAGAAAACCUUGGAGCAUAAUAAAUUUGGUGAAAACUCUAGAUUGAACACAGACCUGGUUACACAACUGAACAUUCCUUCAAGGUCUAGUGAAUGUGAUACACUUGGAAUCAAUUUGGGACAUAAUUCAGACUUACUUAAUCAGAAUAAUAUCCUUGUAAAAAAGAAACCUUAUAAAUGUAAUAAAUGUAGAAAAGCUUUUAUUCAUAGAUCAUCACUUACUAAACAUGAGAAAACUCAUAAAGGAGAGGGAGCUUUUCCCAAUGGUACAGAUCAGGGAAUUUAUGCUGGAAAGAAACACCAUGAAUGUACUGACUGUGGGAAAACCUUCCUCUGGAAGACACAGCUUACUGAGCAUCAGAGAAUUCACACAGGGGAGAAACCCUUUGAAUGUAAUGUGUGUGGGAAGGCCUUCAGGCAUAGUUCGUCCCUUGGUCAGCAUGAGAAUGCACAUACCGGAGAGAAACCCUAUCAGUGUAGUCUCUGUGGGAAAGCCUUUCAGCGCAGCUCCUCCCUUGUUCAACACCAGAGAAUUCACACUGGAGAGAAACCCUAUCGAUGUAACUUAUGUGGGAGGUCUUUUAGGCAUGGCACAUCCCUCACUCAGCAUGAGGUCACACACAGUGGAGAGAAACCCUUUCAAUGUAAAGAAUGUGGGAAAGCCUUUAGUCGAUGUUCUUCCCUUGUCCAGCAUGAAAGGACUCAUACUGGAGAAAAACCUUUUGAAUGUAGCAUAUGUGGGAGGGCUUUUGGUCAGAGCCCAUCCCUUUAUAAACAUAUGAGGAUUCAUAAGAGAGGGAAACCUUACCAAAGCAAUAACUAUGGCAUAGACUUCAAGCACAGCUCAUCUCUUACUCAAGAUGAAAGCACUCUGACAGAAGUGAAAUCCUACCAUUGUAAUGACUGUGGGGAAGACUUCAGUCACUUUACAGACUUUUCUGACCAUCAGAAGAUCCAUACUGGACAGAGCCCCUAUGAUUGUGAGCAGACCUUCAGUCAACAAUCUAUUUCUCAUCCUGGAGAGAAACCCUAUCAGUGUAAUGUAUGUGGGAAAGCUUUCAAAAGGAGUACAAGUUUCAUAGAGCAUCACAGAAUUCAUACUGGAGAAAAACCCUAUGAAUGUAAUGAAUGUGGAGAAGCCUUCAGUCGACGCUCAUCACUUACUCAACAUGAGAGAACCCAUACAGGAGAGAAACCCUAUGAAUGUAUUGACUGUGGGAAAGCCUUCAGUCAGAGUUCAUCCCUCAUUCAGCAUGAGAGAACUCAUACUGGAGAAAAACCCUAUGAAUGUAAUCAAUGUGGGCGAGCCUUCCGAAAGAAAACCAAUCUGCAUGAUCAUCAGAGAAUUCAUACUGGAGAAAAACCCUAUACUUGUAAGGAAUGUGGGAAAAACUUCAGUCGAAGUUCAGCUCUCACUAAACACCAGAGAAUUCAUAUGCGAAAUAAACUCUAAGAACCCUGGAAUUUUUUAAAAAAAUGUGCAGAAAGCUUUAGCUAAAAUAUUGUUCAUACUCAUUGUCAAAGGAUUCUUGCUGGAUAAAAAGCUUGAGAAUGUCACGAAUUAUGUGUAUGUGUAUGUUGUGUGCAGAGAAAACUCUGCUAGUAGACAAUUUUUUUCAAUAAAAGCCACAUUCUUAGAUCUGGUUACAAACUUUUAUAAAAACAACUACAAACAAUAUAUAACCUGUUGGAAAUGCUAUGCCUAUAUAUUGGACUUUAUAAAACUUUUUAACAUAUAUGUGCAGGAGAUUACAAACUUUCAACAAUUUGACUUGCAACUGUUACUGUUUACAGCCUUUUUUAUAGAUAAAAUUCCUGCAUUAAUGACCAAAACUCAUUUUAAAAAUUGCUUGACAACUGCAUUCAAUUGCAGCUCUUAUAUUGAAUGCACCAUGGAAACCAAUUCCACCUCCAGAAAUUCACCAUUCAAAGAAUUAGAUCAGCGGUCCAGCUACUUCAUUGUACAGAUGAAGAACCUGAAAACCAAAGAUGUGAAACGGUUUGCACAGUAUGCUACAGCUUAUGGUGGUAAAACUGGUGUAGGAUGCAGGUCUCCUGGCUCUUUGGCUCCAGGGUCUUGACACUGAAAAGCUAAUUUGGAAUUCAGAGGGCUUUUAAAUAAAGUUUAAAUCAGAUGCACAAACAUUUAAUGAGCACUUAAGAAUUCAUAAAAGCAUAAGAGGCAGCAAGUUUAAAUUUGUCACAGACUUAUUUAAAGCAACUUGUUAGAAGCUUACAAACCAAAAUGUUAACAGAAACUAAAUGGUUGAACUAAAGUAUCAUAAUUAUACUUUCAGCUAACAUGUCAGUUUUAUAGAACUAUUAAGUCCUUCUCUGCACUGCCCCAAGCUUCCUAUAUUGGAUCAAUGAGAAAACAACACAAAAUAACUUUUUAAGCUUGGUGGUGCUUUUCCAUCCAUAAAGCCUGAGAGCUAAGUAAGUUUCAGUAGCCCACUCAAAUCCUUAGUGUCCCUUAAUGGGAAUUCAUAGGCUAUCCCACAGGAAUUUCAAGAAGCUUUGUUGGUUCAUUGGCACUAACAGUGCAGAUAAAUUUAGAAGCAAUUGUGGACAUUGACCCCUUUCAUACACGAGCAUCUCUUCUCUAAGAUAAAACAAUUUUUCCACCUUGAUGAGUCAUUGGGAGGAGUAAUAUGAGUGGUGAUGAUGAAACCUUUCAUCCAUCAUCCUUGUCUCAUCCUGGAUAACAGGAGGCAGCUCCCAAACAUUCUUCAUAGUUCUUUUCAGGAAAAUGUGCCUGGGGGUUGAAAUAUGGCAUGUCUAGCCCAUUGUCUAUCACAUAUGGAGCAAGAUGGGAUACUCCCUAGCAGAUUUGCCCUUCUAAGACAGCCAUUCAAAACAUGCCUUGUUUAUGAUAUGCCAUGCUGAGUGCACACACAAUGCCAAAGUCAUGCUUGUAUUGUCUGGUACAUAGUUUGACAAUAUGUAAUACUCAAACCUUCCCUAUUGAUUGGCCAAGAUGCCUAUCAGGAACUUAUUUUGCUGCUGGUUGUUUGGGGAUCCCCAUAGUGGACUAUUUGUAAGAAUAGCAUGAAUUGUAACCAGUUGAGUGCUACCCUACUGUUAAUAGAAGUUUAUAAAGACUUUAGAUCUAGAAGACCCAAAGGAGACCACUGGUUUGUGUAUGGAGUCUGGCCUAAAUCCAACCAAUCUCUGAAUCUCAGCACAUCUUCAUUGACAGGGAGGGAGCCCAGGAUAUAUGUGUGGCUAACAGCAGAGGAUUCUGUGGUCCCAGCAUCUAUGCACCAUGCACUUAUGACCACCUAGCUUUCUAGGCCACAUGAAAUGCAUCCUUGUAACAUCAUUGUGUCAUUUCAAUAAAUAGCCUUCUUAGUUGAAUGGGAGUCAGUUUGUCUAUUUCAGUUUUCAGAAGUUGACUAAGAAACGAGUGGCAUAUCAAGGAGGAGGGAUUAACUGAUAAACUCUUCACAGCCAGGUGAGUUCAUAACAGCUACCAUUUAUUGAAUACUUGCUACUUGAAAGACAUUUUGCCAAGUACUUGAUAGCCAUCAUUUCAGUUAAUUCUUACAACUCCCCAUUCUAGGUCUUGUGGUAACUAUUGUCUGUCUGCCCAGCUUUUUCCCCUCUCUUUUCUUGUAACAAUCCCUGCUGUACUGAUCACAGGAAUACAAAGCAGGACAUGCCUGGGGCUCGGUGAUAGUUUUAGAGGAAAGCAUGUGCCUGGUUGAGCCAAUAUCAGAGUCCUUUGCCAGGAUUUUUUCAAAACAGAGUUAGCAGGGAAAUUUUAAUUUUGGGUUGCUAGGCUGGGAAUGUGAAGGCUAGAGCUGCCUAGAGCCCGAUUCCCUACCAGAGGAGAGGUCUCUUGUGAAAGAGGGUGCCACUGAUAUGAUGGUGUUCUCUUUACUAAUCCCUGAAGUCUUUGGACCUGCCUCAAUUUCUGAAGCACUUUGUAGGAUUCAGUGGGCUCCCUACUAUCAGUCCAGUGAUCCCCCCUUUUUGACUAAAGGCUAAUCUGUUAGACUCUGUUCCUUUUUUUUUUUUUUU